GCCAGUUUUUUGUUGUUUUACGUGCGCGUUGACAUUUUUGCAGCGCUUUUUAAUUUAUUAUUAUUUUUAACUAGGAAAUUAUGAAGUAGGAUAUGUGUGUGGCGUCUCUCGUAGCCGGGACAUACAAAAUAGUAACAAUCGCGUCUACCCAUGACCGCCGCGUACGUAACAACCCGAAAAAACAAGCAGCGCGAGUCGCGAAUAUUUGCAACGCUUUGGUUAAAUAGAGUAUAAGUAGCUAAAAAGAUGCACCUCCGCCUGCAUUUGGUGCGCUUCAUGUACAUAAAUCUGCUGCUGAGCUGCUGUUUCUGGCUCUACGACAAUGUGGCGGCAGAAAAGGCGGAACCAGAUGCCAGUAGCGAGGAUGCCAGGGCGCCUGGAACUCUUCUGCCAGAGCAGCUGCAGCAGGAGCUAGCCAAGCCAGAGACCUUGCCGCCACCUCUACCGCCGCCCGAUGACGAGGCCGGAGAACCCCCCACAAAAGCUUUGGAGUCGGAAAAUGGCAAUUGGCCAAGAACUGGGGACACGUCAGUGCCCGUGGAGGAGGCGGAAGAGCCCUCGGCCCUCAGUGUAAAUAGUAAUAGUGAAUAUGUUGUUAGUAAAUUCGAUUUAGCCUCCAAUGAGAGUGCGGCGCCGCUUGACAAGGCCACGGAUGCCUCGUCCUCCUCCUCCUCCUCCACCACCGCCCAAGUGCCAAAUAAUCAAUUGAAUAAUCAUAAUCCUAAUAGUGUCGAUAAAGUGGAUAGUGUUAGUGAAUCGCAGCCAUUAGAGAGCCCAAAGGAACCGACAGAGCAACAGAAGCAGGACUCGCCGCCGCCGCCGCCAGAACGAAAGGCUGACGAUAGUUUUCCAGAAAUUAUUACGGAGCUGCCGACUGUCACAGUGACAGAGCUGCCGCUGGAUCAUCUAAAGAACCGUCUGGAAUCGGUUAUAUUGGACGAUGCUCAGGUGCCAGCCGGCAACAGGAGCGAGGAGGAGACCCAGCAGCAACCACUGCCGCAGGAGGAAGCUGUCAAGGAAGUGCCUCAGAAGGAUGAACAAGUACCGAAGAUCAACGAUCCUGGAGGAGGCAUCGAACUAGAAGCCAUCGACACUAUGCCCACCAUCGAGGGCAGUGGAACCAGCGAGGAGCAGGCUUCACCAAACGCCACAGAGUCCACGGUCAAUCUGACGAAUGGCAACGAGGAAGUGCCCAUGCCCGUGUUCUCUGAGUGGGCGCAGAAACAGAUCGAGGCGGAGGCCAGCCGGGAGCAGGCCAUGGAGCUGGAGCAGCAGGUGGUGAACAAGUCGGCCCAGCGGAAGAACAAUACCGGAUCGGCCAAGAGCAAACUGCCCACAUUGAAGUUGCGCUCCAAGAACUAUGCCUCGCCCGAUUGCGGGGCCAAGAUCAUUGCCCACAACGCCGAAUCCAGUCACACCAGCUCCGUGCUGACCCAGUCCAAGGAUGAGUACAUGCUGAGCACGUGCGGCGAUCGCAUCUGGCUGGUGGUGGAGCUGUGCGAGGCCAUUCAGGCCCAAAAGGUGGACGUGGCCAACUUCGAGCUCUUCAGUUCGUCGCCCAAGAACUUCUCGGUGGCGGUUUCCAAGCGAUAUCCCACGCGGGAGUGGAGCAACGUGGGUCGCUUCGAGGCCGAGGACAAGCGCAACAUCCAGACCUUUGAACUGCAUCCCCACCUCUUUGGAAAGUUUGUGCGCCUGGACAUCACAUCGCACUACGCCUCGGAGCACUUUUGUCCGCUGUCGCUGUUCCGCGUCUUUGGAACCUCCGAGUACGAGGCCUUCGAGACGGAAAUCCGGCCCAGCGAUGAGUUGGACGAUUUCUACGAUGACUUUGGCAUGCAGGACCAGGUUGUGGGCAGUGGAGGCAACAUCUUCCAGAGCGCCUCCGAUGCCGUCAUCCAAAUGGUGAAGAAGGCCGCCGAGGUCCUGGCCAAGCCCACAAAAGCCCUCAAGUGGUCGGCCGAGUCGCUGCUCUGCCGAACACCCAUCUUUGGGGCCUACACCUGCUCCAACUGCAACAGCACCCUGGUGGAGAAGAUCAACAGCCUCAUCUCGUGCCAGUUCCAGCAUCUGCAGGUGCUCCUCAGCCUCAGUCGUUUAAAGUCCGAUCUGGUCCACAGUCGCGUCUGCCAAGAGGACUUCGGCAUCAGUCUUGUGGCGUCCCAUGACUCCAUGGCAUCCCAGACCAGCAGAAUGAGCAAGCAGCAGAGCUACUACCUCAGCCUCCUGCCAGCGGAGCACAUCGGGGCCAUGUGCAAGCUCCUGGAGGCGGAGAAUAAUGUGACGGAGAUGCCGCCGGUGCGCCAUCAUGUGAGUGAACCACAACAGGAUCCGGACAACGCCACGGCCAAGGGUGUGCGGGAGGAUUGCCCCGCCAAGGACGUCCCGGCGAAGGAGCCAGCCACACAACCCAGUCUGGAGGUGCUCAUGCCCGAGACCAGUCAGGAAGUGCCGUCAGUGCAGCACCACUCGACGACUUCGGGCGAAACCGCCUCCACCACCAACUCCACCCCAAGCGACGUCAAUAUAUUCAACGUACCGCCCCAUGCCGAGGAGGUGGGGGUGAAGGAACCACUGCCCAUACCCUCAGAGCCCAAUGUGGUCAGCACUCUGGAGCCCAGCGACGUGGAGACCUCCACCAACGCCCCUCCUGCUGCUCAAACCUCCAGCGAAGAGCCAGCCAACGGAGACACUCCCCUGGAGGAGGGCACUCCAGCCAACUGGGAGAACCUUGACAAUCCGCUGACCACCACGGUGGCCUCGAUAACCGCCGGUGGUGGUGCUGCUGCCGCGGCAGCUGCUGUGGUGACUGGUAAUGGGAAUCUUGGAGCGUCAUCCGGUGGAUCGCCACCAGCUGCUGGUACCGGGGUGAAUCUCCAGCAGAAACUGACGAACGGCGCCCAGUCGGAGAGUGUCUUCAUCAGGCUCUCCAACCGUAUCAAGGCACUGGAACGAAACAUGUCGCUGUCGGGUCAGUACCUGGAGGAGCUCUCGCGGCGCUACAAAAAGCAGGUGGAGGAACUCCAGCAGACGCUGACCCAGCAAACGCUGACAGUGCGCCAGCUGGAGGACCAGAGCCGGCGGUAUGUGGAGCAGGAGCAGAUCUACCAGCAACAGAGCGCCGAGCUGGCCGGCGAGGUGAGGGCCCUGACUUACCAGGUGCAGGCCUGCAUCAUGGUCAUCAUCAUUGUGGGCACCUGCAUCUUCCUGAUGUUCGUCCUGGGCACCGUCUACUACCGAAAGCUACGCCGCCAGCAGCAGCAGCUGAAGAAGAAUCAGCCACCGGUGGCCCCGGCCAAGCCGAAGCUGGAUCGCCGCAAGUCCUACGAGCAGAUGGUGAAUCCCUCGACGCCUAAGCAGCGGCGUCCCAGCGAGGAGGCCAUGAUGAUCCUCAAGGAGUGCGGUGACAACAACUCGCAGGAACAGGAUUCCACAACCAGGCAACGGAAGAUAUCUGUGUGCUACGGCAGCAACAACAACAUAGCCACCAACAUGAUGGGAGCCACCACGAAUGGGGGCCCGAACGUGCGAAGCUCCGUGCACAAGCGGAAGGGAGCCAAGCACUCCUGGCACAACAGUCUGGACACCACAGAGGCGUCUUGCGGCGAGCAGACAGACAAGUUCUUCGAUGUGGACACUCUCAAGAGCCUCAAACAAAUUCCUGGAAAGGUGGCCAAGAAGAAGUCCCAGCCGCAAAUGGGUCUGAAGAGGCAGGAGUCCGCUCCAGCCACUUUCACGCAGGAUCAGACGUCGGAGGAUCCGGCCACGCAGAGCGACUUCGACGAGAGCCUUAUGCUGGACGAUGACGACCUUGCCAACUUCAUACCCAACAGCGACCUGGCCUACAACGAGUUCAUGCCCGAGGGACCUUCGGGCUAUCAGAUACUAGACACGGUUGAUGGAAAGACGGGCGGUGAGAAGUCCAAGUCCAAGUCGCGUCGGCUGUCGUCGCCGGCCUUCUUCAAGUCGCCCUUCAGCCGGAGCAAGAACAAGGGCUACGGGUUCAAUGGCAUCAAGAACAGCCAUUCGGUGCACGAGCCCACCUCCUGGGAGUGGUAUCGCUUAAAACGGAGCGAGAAACAGCAUCAGAUCCAGAAGGACAAGCUGGCCAGCAAGAGUCUGCCCAACGCCAGCCUGGACAGCUCCUCGCUGUCGGAGGUGAACUUCCCGCUCAAGUCCCCCAACGAAGCCACCCAGAACUCGUUCCGGAUCCUUGGCGAGGCGAUUCUAUCGUCGGGCGAGGGACGCAUUACACCGAAUGGUAAUGGCCUGGCCAGCAGCAGCAGCGGAAGUGGUAGUGGCAGUGGAGGAAGCACUACAUCAUCCACAACGAAAAAGAAACAGCGCGCCUUCAAUAAUCUGUUCCGCAAGGCCUUUGACUUUUAGUUGGAAAGUUGGAUUAGAUAUCACCCAGUGUUUCGAGUUGAUGGCAGUUGCAGUUUUAUACCGACGCAUAUUGUAAUUAUUUGUAUCUAUUUGGGUCAUAAGAUUCAUAAAUUGUUUGUACAAAUCAA